UUAAAUUGACUAAAUUAAUAAGGAAAAUGAGAGUUGCCUACUUUUUGGCAAGUUAUAUUGAUUUCACAACACUGACAACUCCUUCAGUUGAAUACCUUGAUAAUCAGAUGAGGACACAUGGUCUUGAUCCACAAACCUAUGAUCCGUUCUCCACCUUCAGGAUAUUUUUGCUAGCAGUACUUUUGAUCGGGAUAAUAAUUGGGGAACUUAAAGGCCAUAGAUUCUUUAUACCCCAAACGUCCGAGGAGUCAAAGUACCCCUGGAAGCCAUACAGAUGCCUCAUUACUUUAUGGAUCAUGCUUAUAGUGAUUGAACUCUACCCUGAUUACAGGUUCUGGCAGCUGAUAUUUAUAUGUAGUAUUCAGAGAAUUACAAUGAAUCAUUUGUACACGUGAAGGGUCGAGCUUAUGUCGAAAAGGACACUUAUGUAUUUUGUGCUCCCAUAUAUUUUUGGAUAUGUGUUCAAGAUAAUAAUUAUGUGGUACAAUAUCUAUCUUGCAGGCUUGCUAUUAUACACAUUGAUCAAGCAGAGUAUUGGAGAAAAGAGCAUUAUCAAAUUUGUUUUAGCUUUCCUUUACACGUCAUCAUAUUAUCUCUUCUAUUUAGCAGUACAAAACGGAUGUGAUACCACUCUAAAUUGUGCUCUGGGAGUAUACAUUUUAGCCUGAUUUGUAUUCUUCAAACCAUAUUAUGACUUUAUGACGCCACAUCUUAAGGAGAAUGCAAAACUCUGGAAAAAUAGGGAAUAUCAUUAUUGGAAAUAAACAUAGAAAAUUCAAUUAA